AUGGAGUAUGUCCAGAUUGCUAAACAAACGCACAGAGGUCGUCAAUAUAGAUCUGACAUCGAAGAUAGGGGAUACAGUAAAUGCCAGUUUCGUCAAAAUGUUCAAGGUACCAAUCCGACAUCCAUAGUAAUAAAUGCUAACGUGUUUGAACCUGGUGGUGAAUAUAUAGUAGAGGUUACAGUUGAUAUACCUGGAAGACUCAGUAAAGGUUAUGCUGCAUACGUUGUAAAUGCCAAUCUACCGCCAUAUAAUGGUUCUUGUAAAUCUGUUCCUACUGAAGGUAUUGUUUCCGAAACCAAGUUCCAGAUAAUUUGUGAGAAUUACAUGGAUGAGGGGUUCCGCUCUGAACGAAAUGAAGAAAUAGAUGGUGUUGAACCCAUGUCUUAUAAAUAUGUUAUAAAGAAAGGAGAUCAAACAAUUCCACUAGAUGACGGAGUCGAGAGUACAUCAGCUGAAUUGGAAGUGCCAAUAUUUCCAGGAGCAGUCGGCACUGAUUAUCAAUUAGUAACAUAUGUUUAUGAUAUAUUACAAGAUUAUGCUGUAUCGUAUAUGGAUAUUACUUUAAAAACACCAUUAAAUGAUACUAGUCAUACAGAUGCGUCAACACAAGUAUCGAAUAUAAUGACUGCAAAUGAAGAGAUGUUAAAGGAUAUUGAUAUCAGUGGUAGUACUGUAAGGUUUACCAGAGUUGUUAAUUCUGUCGUAUCUGUGGUGCAGUCCAUUGAGCUUCCUGAUAAUACGAUCUUAUUUGAUGAAGCUGAUGAUAUUGUUUAUGAUGAGAACUCAACAGCACCAGAUUGGAGAACUGUUUAUACUGAUUUUCUUAAACCUAAAGAUACUGAAGCUGAAGACAAAGUCAAAAAGAUCGGAGAAAUUCAAAUGAAAGCUUUGUUGCAUAGAAAAGAUGAUGUUUUGAAUUUAAAUGGUGGUGGAGUAAAACAAUUAACAGCUACGGUUUCUAAUAUUUUGAGAAAUCCUAAAGCUUCUUCACUGGAUACAGCAACGAUGGGAUCGAAACUCGCCCUUGCUUCUGCCAAUGGACUGGAAGGGAUCAUUAAGCAUCGUCCAUAUACAUUUAGAGAUGAAAUUGGUACGGCUGUAGCAGUGUCUAUAUGUCGUAGCGCAAUGCAACCCAAAGGAGUACUGGUUGGAUUUGUAAAGCACGAUUGA